AGCCUGUGUGUGCCAUAGUGCUAGUGGUGUGUGUGCGGUGAGUCAGCCCACAGUGCGCGCAGCGGAGGCCGGCAGCGCUCCAGCCUGCUUCACCCGAACGCACGUAAGCAAAACAAGAUGAACGUCGGCGUGGCCCACAGUGAAGUGAACCCAAACACCCGCGUGAUGAACAGUCGGGGGAUAUGGCUGACAUAUGCGCUCGGCGUAGGAAUGCUUCACAUUGUACUGUUGAGCAUUCCCUUCUUCAGUGUUCCUGUUGUGUGGACCCUCACAAAUGUUAUUCACAAUUUUGGUAUGUACGUGUUCAUGCAUGCAGUGAAAGGCACACCAUUUGAAACUCCAGACCAGGGCAAGGCAAGACUUCUCACACACUGGGAACAGCUGGACUACGGCGUGCAGUUCACAUCAUCUAGAAAAUUCUUUACAAUCUCACCAAUCAUUUUAUAUUUUCUCGCCAGUUUUUACACAAAAUACGACACAGCACAUUUUGUGAUAAACACAGCUUCGCUUUUGAGUGUUCUCAUCCCAAAACUGCCACAACUCCAUGGAGUCAGGAUCUUUGGAAUAAACAAGUAUUAAAGCCCAGUGUUGAGACUCGGAGCCGUUGCCCCGAUAUGGGAGAGGAGAUAACACUUUGUACUUUGUACCGCAGUUGUGCACACUUAGCAGUUUUGUACAGUCUGUGUAAUUGUGAGCCUCUUUGUUUGAUAUAUCUUGAGAAAUUGUUGUAGGGAUAUGUUAGGAGGAGGACAAUUCCACAAGCAUUAAUAACUUAAGAUAUUUAAUGUGUUUUUGUUAGUUGUUUUGUGAUCCUUGUGGAUCUGGGCUGGCCCAGGUUUCAUGGUUAAAGGUUUUUUUUUUUCUUUGUUAAUUAGUUUUUGUUUGUUCAAAUGUUCUCACAACACUGAUACUCUGAGAUAGAUUAAUGCUUUUAGCGUCACUUCACAUUUCUAAAUACAUGCUUAAAUAAUGCCAUGUGUUUUUAAAAUCAGUUGAAAGCCAUGAAACCUUUCUGCUAUUUCUGGAGUUUUGUUGAUGUUUCAUUGCUUCGGAGACAAACGAACUCAAUUUGCAUGAUUUCCUGAAAAAUAUUUAUUCAGUCACAAUAUUAUGUAUAGUUUUGUUUGGUUAAUGUCGUAGGGUUUAUAGGUGACACUGAAAAAAUAUUAACAUUAACAAAACUUUAGAGUUUAUGCUUUUAAGUACUUUCGUGUUCAUUAAGGUCAACAUGAAUCUAAAGAUAGAACUUGUUUACUUUCUAAAUACACGUUACUGGACUCAUUUUGCAGUUAUUAUUUCAAAGAACAUUUCUUUGUCAUGUUUUAACCGCUUCAUCCGCCCCAACGUCAAGUUCUUCCCUACGUUGUUUUAUCUUCUGUUUGAAUCAGAAAUACAUUGCUUUACAAAAAGUUUCAUGUUGACUAUUAACUCCAUUUCAGUAUGUGAUUGUAAAACUUCAGCAUACCGUCAUGUUUCUUUGCUCUCUUCUGUGUCACGGUUAUUGAAGUUCAUAAACUGUAACAUAGACCCAUUAAACUAUUUGAAUCCUUCCAUUUUCUUGUCUUUUGACAUUAUCUGAAGGCUCAACUGUGCCAAUUGUUUUGUCCUUUUGUUUUGGGAAAAGGUAUGAACAUAGUGUGUGUUGUAUUACAUGCUGCAAACAAAUAAAAGUAUUAGAAACCC